AUGAGUGCCCAGCAGCCACGGUCUCCGGCGCGUCCGCCCCCGCCCGCCCUCUGGUCUCCAACUCUGGCGGUAGGGCCGCCGCGGGGUGACAAAGGCAGUGCACCAAACAAGGGGAUGGGCGUGGCAAGCGCCGACUGGGCUCGAGCCGCCUUCCUGGCCUGCGUCUUCCUCACCGCGGCAGCCGCGGCAGCCGAUCGGCAGCCAGAGAGGCGCCUGCUCCAAGACAUCAAGAACACACCAGUGGUAAUCAAUGCAACAAAUGUGGACAGCAUCGGAGUGGUCCUGGGUGGCUUGCAGAAUGGGACAACAGUAUCCUUGGACAUCGACACAGUGGAACUGAGGGAUGUUCUUACUGUUGAGGCUGAUCGCAUUACGAUUGUUGGGGCUUCUAACAAUGGCAGAACCGCCAUUAAGUGUGGAGCUCCCACUGCUGGCAUUGAACUGAGGGGCAACAAUAUCGUCCUCCAGAAUGUGGUGGUGCGGGAGUGCACCAAGACUGCAGUUGACAUAGUCAACCCUGAAGUUGGACAAUCACUCUUCCAUGAUGAGGGCAUCAGCACAGUCAAUGUAACCAUCAGGAAUGCAGCCUUCAAUGACAAUUGGAAUGCUGCAUCAUUUGGUGGAGGUGUGGCUGUACAUGCUGGUGUCAACUUGACAGUCGACAACUGCACGUUUGAUAAUAACAGUGCACUUACCGGAGGCGCCAUCUGGGCAACCAGCUCUAAUCUGACUGUCACCAACACCCGCUUUUUGAGCAAUGUGGGCCACAUCAAGGGUGGGGGCAUCCACAUUCUCAAUGAGGACGUUGUCAGGCAUCCGACCAUGCUGCAUGUCAGCAAUUGUGAGUUUGUGGGAAACAAUGACACACGUGGAGGCGAAGAGUUUGAUUUUGAGCCAGAAUCGUUGGGCGGGGAGCCUGGGCGGUACCCCUUCCCUGUUCCACAGGAAUCUGGUGGCGGCAUCCUUGUCAAGGGCGUCUCCCAAGUUGUGAUCCGCAACAAUGACUUCCUAUCCAAUAUUGCAGUGCCGGGUGGGGGUGCUGUCUUCCUUGUCAAUGGAAUGGAUGUGGAGAUGGUUCGCAACACCUUCGUUGGCAACGAAGCAAGGGAGCUGGAGGGCGAUUCCAUCCAUGUCGCACAGGGGGGCGCCGUGUUUGCUGCAUCGGCGAUGGACACCACGUACAGCUUUACCAACAAUGAGUUCCGGAACAAUCGGGCAGCAUAUGGUGGCGGCCUCUGCUUGAUCGCAAACUCACAAGCCCAAGUUGACCUGGAUGGCAACGUGUUUGAGGACAAUGUUGGUUGGUGGGGGGGAGGCGCCAUGACACUACGGAAUGUGAAUGAUGUGGGCAUCACCAGAACUGUUGCACGAGGAAACAAGGCCCAAGUUGGCGGGGCCUUCCUGGUGGCCAACGGAGCUGUGCUGGAGGCAACUCUGAUUGAAAAAUCGGGGCCCCGCAAUUUGUUUGAAGACAACCAUGCAUUUUACGGUGGAGCCUUGUUUUUCCUGACGGCAGGCUCAGCGCUUCUGCAAUCCUGCGACUUCAACAACAACAGGGCAAAGAGGGAUGGCGGAGCCGUGGCUGCUGUGGACUCUCUCCCAAAUGGCAACUUGGACUUUCAAGGCUGCACAUUCUUUGCAAACAUAGCCCAGAGGGGCGGGGCGAUAUACACCAAUGGUGGGGCAGGACUGUUAAUUCGCCCAUCAGGCCUUCGGAAGCCAACCACCUUUAUAAAUAACCUGGCCCUGGUGGGAGGGGCCAUCUGUACCAGGGCGGAAAACGGAUUGCAGAAUGUGGUCAAGGUGGUAUCAGCGCAGUUUCUUGGCAAUAAGGCAUCGACCAACCCCAAUGAUGUUGGCCACGAAAGGGUCGUGAUUCCGGUGAGGGAAUUCCGUGCAGAGCCAAAACAGAUGGGAAUGGGCAGAGGGAACGAGGAAGGGCUAAAUGAGCUCGCCAAUGGGGAGCCAUGCACCAUGGGCAGCGGUGGCGCUGUGUGCGUCUCUCUUGCGCAGGUUCCUGAAACCGCCGAGGUGUCUGUGGACUUCUUUGAAGUCGUGUUUAAGGGCAACCAGGCCAACGUUGGGGGUGCAGCGUUCUUGGCUCCGGACAACAGUUCUGUGUGGUCAGCUCCGCGGAGCUGCAGCGAAGGGCAGCUGGCGGCCAAGCCUCUCAUCGCCGAGCACUGCCGAGAGCUGGGUUUUGACAAGUGCGCAUUCGAGAACAACACUGCCAUGUCGGCUGGCGGGGCUGUCUUCGCCACGUACCCAGGCAAUGUGUGGAUGGAGUUGGAGGUCGACUUCAAGCAGAUGUCCGCCUAUUCGCUCGACGACCUUCCCAAGGGGAAUUUUGUUGGCGAAGGCGGUUACGGUGCCAACUUCGCCUCGCGAGCCCACGACUUGAACAUUACAUCGGCCGUGACCCCCGGCGGGUUCAUUGUCGAAAACCACCUCGCCGGCAGGAACCUGCCCCCCAUCACCAUGGAUGUUGCGGAUGCAUUCGGACAGCUCAUCACAGCAGGAAUUGCUGACUCUGAAACCAGGGUCACCGCGUCCGUCCCCUGCUUCAUCGACUUCGACUGCGUCUCCGGGCAGCGCAUCGCCGCGGCAGUCCGGGGCGUCGUGCGGUUCGACGCCAUCGUCGUCAACGGCCCCAACGCCACCUACACCCUGCAGCUGUCGGCGGACAGCGUCAACCGGAUCGUGGAGCGCCCGCUGUCCAUACGCCCCUGCCGCCCUGGGGAGGUGUCUCUCAACGUCAGCGUGGUGGACUACAGCUCGGGAAGGCAGGUCACAGGUCUUGCCUGCGAGAACUGCAGCGCGGGCCAAUUCAGCGUGUUUCCGUCCAGCCCGUGCAGGCCUUGUGACAUCAAUGCGGCCUGCCCGGGCGGCGCGGCUUCCUUCCCGAAGGACGGGUACUGGCACUCGGGCCCCUUCUCGGUGCAGUUCCACGAGUGCAUCAUCAGGGAGGCGUGCGCGUACGAGGGCGGCCAGGAGGGCGGGAGGGAGGAGCGCCUGGGGGGGUUCUUCACGAGUUUGACAGAGGAAGACGUCGUCGGCGGGCCGGUGUCCAACGACGCCUAUCCGCAGUGCGCUAAGGGUUACAGAGGUGUCCUGUGCGGCUCCUGCGAUAGCGGAUUCGGGCACUUCGCCAACGGGGAGUGCCGAAAGUGCAAUGGCGGAGGCAAGACAGUCGGCCUUCUGGUUUUUGUGCUCUUCUGGAGUCUGCUUUUUGUUGCUUGGGAACUUUUCUGGGCUAAAUGGGAGCCUUCUGACAUUGCUGACAAGGAGGAGUCGGAAAGUGCAGCGAAUGGACUGCGCACACCACUGGGAGGUGCUUCAGGGUCGUCCUUGCGCUCAGAAACCCCAGAAGUAGAGCUGGUAGCCGUGUCCAACGUAGUGCAGAUGGCUGCUCCAGCGCCGCCCCCGCUGCCGCCCGUUGCCGAUGGACCAACACAAGGAGAUGCGCACAGACUCAGGGAGUGCGCUGAGAAUGUUGUGGAGACACUGAAGAUCGCCUUCAACUUCUUGCAGGUGACCAGCAGUGGUGUCGUGAUUCGUGUGCGCUGGAACUCGGCGGUGGAGCAACUGCUGAGAGCUUGGGACGUCGUGGUAGCCUUCUCCAACGCAUCCACAAUAGUGUCCAUCGACUGCCUGUGGCCUACCAACAGCAGGAGCGCCGUCGUGUCCAUCCUCGCUCUCUUCCUGCGCAUCGUCUUUCCCAUUGUCCCCCUGCUUGCCAUUCUCCUCCUCGCUCGACGUCUACUGGACGGGGACAAACAGCACGGGCGGCUGUGUCAGGGCUGGCUUCCCAGCGCCACCACCAUCACCCUCGUCGUCUUCUUCUUCUCCUACCACAGCGUCACCGAAGAGCUGCUUCGAACGCUGAACUGUGUGCGGGUCGACGUCGGGGAGACCGAAGAUGUGCAGGGCAGAUUUUCGGUGGCGACAGACAGGUACUGGGCGGAGGACACCGAGCUGAAGUGUUUUGAAAAGAGCCGCUGGUGGUUGGUCGGACUCUUGGGCGUACCAGGACUCCUGCUCUUCACUGCGGCGGUCCCCCUGGGACUGGUCGCGUUCCUGACGAUGCGCUGGAGAAGGAACAAGGGGGAAUUCGCACCCGACAUUAGGAAGGAGUACGGGUUCUUCUUCCAGAACUACAAAUUGGUCGACACUCCAUCAGGGCCGAGUACGGGCCCUUCUUCCAGAUGUGCACAGUGUGCGACUGUCGUCGGAUCAUCAGCAGACGAAGGCGCCAGCGAGGCGAGGGCAGACGCCAAGCAGCAGAGCAAAGGGUCACCCGCCUCGGUGUGGAGGGCGUACUGGGAGUUGGUCAUCACGCUAAGGAAGGUGGCCAUCGCGCUGGUGGUGGUGUUCGCCUACCGCCUGGGCGGCAGCCUGCAGGCGGCGGUGGCCCUGCUGGUCGUCUUUGCGGCCCUCGUGCUGCACCUCGCGGCCCAGCCCUACCGCGACGACUGCUUCAACCGCCUGGAGGCCGCUUCUCUGGCGGUGUCCGUCGUCACCUUCCACUCGGGCCUGGUGUUCAACGACGCUAACGCGUCGGAGGGAGGCAAGGUCACCUUGGCCGCGGUCGUGUGCCUGCUGCAAGUUGCCCUCAUGGCAGCCUUCGCCGCCUGCGCGGUGUGCUAUUUGCGCCCGUGGUGGAGCCGGUGGCGGGUGCCGCGAAAUUGGGGCCUGCUCCGGCGUUGGGGACGUUCCAGCAGCUGA